AUGGAAAAUGAAUCGAUAAAAACUGAGGAAGUUGAAGAUACUGUUUCCAGUCUUCCCCAACCACAAUACUCGACUGUUUCACCAAAAAUUCCUCGAGAAUCAGUAUUCUCAUAUAUUAGUUCUAAAACAUUGGUAGAUGAAAAUGCUUCCUUUUCACAAAUAAAUUAUAAUCGUCGACCAAAUGAAAGAAAUAAUGAAAAUAAUGAAUUCACAAGAGUUGAUUAUUCAAAAUUUACAAAUAUAUUUUCCGGAUUAGCUAUACCUUUUAUGACUUACAUUACUGGAAAUAUAUUUAAUAUAUUCACUGAAAAACAGAUUGGUAUAAUAACCAAUGAAACCUUUGACAAUAAAGUAAUGUUUUUAGUAAAACAAUUUGCUCUAUUAGGACUUAUCGAUUUUUUUACAAUUUGGGCUAUGACUUCCAUUUGGAGUUGGACUGGUGAAAGGCAAGCUAGAAGGAUGAGAGAAGUGUAUUUUAAUUCAUUAUUAAAGAUGAAAAUCAAUUAUUUCGAACAAACUGAAAUUACUUCUGGUGGUAUAUUGACAAAUGUCAAUAAGGAUUCGGAUUCAGUACACAGAGCAAUUUCUGAAAAUAUUGGACGAAUAAUACAAUAUACUGUUACUGUUGUCGGUUGUAUGGCGUUUGCUUUUGGAAUACAUGCCAUCCUCACUCUUGUCAUAUUAUCAACCUUGCCUUUAGUAUUUUUAACUAUGGCUAUCACUAAUCGUAUUGCCAAUCCAUUAUUAUCAAAAGAACGUGAAAUUUUCAUAAAAGCUGGAAAUGUUCUCGAAAAUGCCUUAAACGUUAUUAAAACCAUUAAAGCAUUUAAUAGUGAAGAAAAAGAAGAAAAAAUUCAUUUAGAACAUUUAAAUUCUGCAAAUAUUGUUUCAAAAAAAUUGGCUUUAACUUACGCUAUAUGUACUGGUAUAAUUCAAUUUCUUUUAUUGUCCUUAUUUGUUCAAGGCUUUUGGUAUGGUUCGGUUUUAGUAGCAAAUAAGAAACUAAAUGCAGGUGACGUCAUCAAUGUAUUCUUUGCUACUUUAAUGGGUGCUAGUGUCUUAAAAGGAAUUUUACCAAAUUUUGUGGCAAUAGCUAAAGCAAAAGUUGCAAUUAAAUCAAUAAACAUUUUAUUAGAAAAAGUCGCAUUAUUGGAAUCAGAAGCUUUAAGAGGUUUCAAAUUAUCAGGAAUGAUAGGUGAUAUCGAAUUUCAAGAAGUUAACUUUUCAUAUCCCAGUCGUCAAGAUACUUUGGUAUUAAAAAAUGUUAACCUUUUUAUACCAGCGGGACAAACUACUGUAUUAGUAGGUCAAAGUGGAUCAGGAAAAUCAACAAUUUCUCAAUUAAUACAACGUCUUUAUGAACCAGAUUCAGGAUUAAUUACUAUAGAUGGACGUGAACUUAAAAUUUUAAAUAUAUCUUGGCUUAGACAACAAAUUGGGAUUGUCAGUCAAGAGCCAGUUCUUUUUGAUGAUACCAUUUUUGCCAAUGUCGCAUAUGGUAAAGUUGAUUAUGAGAAUGUUACACUUGAUGAAGUUAUUGAAGCGUGUAAAUUAGCUUGUAUACAUGAAUUUAUUAUGGAACUUCCUGAAAAAUAUGAUACUCAAUUAGGUGAUAAAGGAGCAAAACUUUCUGGUGGUCAACGUCAAAGAUUAGUUAUUGCUCGUGCAUUAAUAAAAGAUCCUACUAUACUUAUCUUAGAUGAAGCAUCAAGUGCUCUUGAUAUGGAAUCUGAUUUAUUAGUUCAAAAAGCAUUACAAAAUUGUCGUGUUGGUAGAACUACCAUUGUUAUAACUCAUAAUAUGUCACAUAUCAGUAAAUCUGAUCGUGUGUAUUUAUUAUCCGAAGGUGAAGUUGUGGAAGGUGGAACGAUAUUACAACUUCUUGAAGAUCCAGAUGGUCAUUAUUCAAAACUAGUGGAGGCAACACGAAAAGAAAUAAAUCCUAAACGAAAAACUAUUGAAUUAGACGCUAUUAACUUACGAUUAAGAAAAUCUGAUAAAAAUCUUAAACCAUAUAUGGAAUACGAUGAUGUAAAAACUGCGGAUAUUCUUAACGGUUCUGCAUCAGUUGCUAUCACAAAAAGAUAUGAAAAGAGAGUAUCUUAUUAUGAAAUUUUCAAUUAUUAUGAUUAUGAAAAUAUAGAAAAUGAAAUUGGUAGAAAUAGUAGAAAUCUCAUUGAUAUUUUGGUGACAACUUCUGAUGACGAGUCCAUGAAAAAAGGUCAGAAACGUAAAAGUGUUAUUGAAUUAGUUAAGAAUACAUUAGAUCAAAGAUUUAUCUAUUCACUUGGAUUAUUUGCUUCUAUAAUUAAUGGUUUAAUGAUGCCAAUAUUUUCUUAUGUUGUUGCUCGUUUGUUGAGUACUUAUUCAAUUACGAAUAAAGAUGAAUUAUUAAAACAAGCUAGAUUUUUUGCAUUAAUAGUAAUUGCUAUUGCUAUAAUUAAUGGUUUAUCAGCACAUUAUAAGUAUUACUUUUUAGAAAGAGCAUCAGAACUUUGGUCUACUAAAUUAAGACAUUUGGGAUUUGGGAAAAUAUUACGACAACCACAAUCAUGGUUUGACAAGUCAGAAAAUGCCGUUGGAUUAAUUGCAACCAUACUUAUUACUGAUACGAGUACAACAAAAAAUCUUAUUGGUCAUUUUUUAGGAAAUUUGACUGUUGGUAUAAUAGCUUUAGUAGGUGGUAUAGUUUGGGCAUUCUUCAUUGGAUGGGAAUUAACAUUAGUAGGAUGUGCAUUGGCUCCAAUAUUAGUAUUAACCACCGAAAUUCAAGGAUAUAUAUUACAAAGAUAUGAAAAAAAACAAAAACAUGCAAGCGAAGCAGCAGCAAAUUCUUUUUAUCAAACAAUUUCAAGUAUCCGAACAGUGUUUGCUCUUGCUGUUGAAAAUGUUAUGACCGUAAAAUUCCAAACUGCUCUUGUAAUACCUUAUAAAAUUGGAAUUAAAAAAGCAUUCAUUAGUGGAUUCAUUGCUGGUUUAUUGGACGCAUUUUUAUUUUUUUCCAAGGCAUUGACGUUUUGGUAUGGAGCUAAACUUGUUUCCCAAGGUUCAUACGAUUUACAGAAGAUGGUUACGGUAUGGUCGUUAAUCAUUUUCUGUACAUCAGCAGCAUCACAAAUGCUUAGUGAAUCCAUAGCAUUAGUAGGAAAAAGUGGUAAUGGUAAAUCUACAGUAGCAACAUUAUUACAAAGAUUUUAUGAACCUACCAAUGGAGAAAUUUUACUUGAUGAUGUAAAAUUCAAAGACCUUAAAUUACAAUGGUUACGUGAACAAAUUGGUAUAGUCAGUCAAGAACCCAUAUUAUUUGAUAAUACUGUAUCAGAAAAUAUUGCAUAUGGUAAAUCAAAUUCUACACAGGAAGAAAUUGAAUUAGCAGCUCAACAAGUAAAUAUGCAUGAUUUCAUAAAAUCUUUACCCAAAGGAUAUAAUACACAUUUAGGUUCGAGUGGUUCACAACUUAGUGGUGGUCAAAAACAGAGAAUUUCUAUAGCACGAGUAUUAAUACGGAAUCCCAAGAUAUUAAUAUUAGAUGAAGCUACUAGUGCACUAGAUACAGAAAAUGAAAAAAUUGUGAAUGAAACAUUGAAAAAAGUACAAAAAGGUCGAACCACUUUGGUAAUUACUCAUAGAUUGAAUAAUGUUCAAAAUAUGGAUAAGAUAGCAUUAGUUGAGGAUGGAAAAGUUUCAGAAUUUGGAACACAUCAAGAGUUAAUGAGGAAUAAAAGUGGAUACUUUAAACUUUUUGUUAGUGGAAAUAAUUAA